AGAGAGAGGGAGGCAGUGUGGCGGUGGCAGUGAGUGUGGUGUGAGGUUCCCCGCUGUCUCUCUCUCUGUCUCACUCGCGCGCGCCGUCUCGAGCGAACUAACCUCCACCUGCGCCUGGACUUUGCGUGGUGAGAAGAGGAGGGUUCCGACUCCCCGCUGGUGCUUCAAUCCGCCCUCCCUCCCUUCACGACACAAUGAGGCUACGCUGGAUAUUACUGGGGGUUGUGUUGCUGGCCGCUCUCACCACAUCCCAAGAGCAACGCAGAAGGUCAAGAUUUAGAAGCAGACUGAGAGCGGGACAGGCGACAUCAGCUUCCGUUCAGACUGAGACAGCAGUGAACGCGGUGGGGCGAAGGCGGCUGGCGACGGGAACCUCAACGAAUACUGUAGGCAGGAGACGGCAGAGCGGCGGCUCCUCCAGGAACAGAGUGAGGAUACGCCCUCGCGUCAACUUGGCAGGAGGAAGAAGAGACAACGAUGACAACGGCAAUGACAACGGCAAUGACAAUGGUAAUGGCAAAUCCGGGGACCCAGACUACAAGGUCGUCUGUUACUACACCAACUGGUCGCAAUACAGACAGAAGAUUGGCAAGUUCCUCCCAGAGCACAUCGACCCCUUCAUCUGCAGCCACAUCAUCUACGCCUUCGGGUGGAUGAAGAAGGGCAGGCUCUCCUCCUUUGAAGCCAACGACGAGACCAAAGACGGCAAGACUGGAUUUUACGAGCAAGUGAAUGGACUCAAGAAGCAGAACCCCAAGCUAAAGGUUCUUCUCGCCCUUGGUGGAUGGUCCUUCGGUACCAAGAAAUUUAAGGACAUGUCAGCCACGAGGUACACGAGGCAGACUUUCAUCUUCAGCGCCAUUCCUUUCCUGCGAGAACACGACUUUGACGGUCUUGAUCUUGACUGGGAGUACCCGAAAGGAAACAUCGAUAAGGCUAACUUCGUCCUGCUCCUGAAGGAACUGUACGAGGCUUUCGAAGCAGAGGGCAAAGAGACAGGAAGGCCACGGCUGCUGCUCACUGCUGCUGUUCCCGUCGGUCCAGAUAACAUUAAGGGAGGAUAUGAUGUGCCAGCUGUCUCCAGAUAUCUCGACUUCAUCAACGUCAUGGCCUACGAUUUCCACGGCAAGUGGGAGAACACAGUUGGCCACAAUGCCCCGGUGCACGCCCCUGCUGAGGACAGCGAGUGGAGGAAGCAGCUUUCCGUCGACCACGCUUCCAACCUGUGGGCCAAGCUGGGAGCACCGAAGGAGAAGUUGAUCAUCGGCAUGCCAACAUAUGGCCGCACCUUUACUCUCUCCAACCCAGCACGCAACUCCGUCAACUCCCCGGCCAGCGGUGGAGGCGAGGCAGGGAAGUACACGGGCGAGGAGGGAUUCAUGGCAUACUACGAGGUAUGCGAACACCUGCGGACGGGAGGAGAGUACAUCUGGCAUGAGCAGAUGCAGGUGCCGUACAUGGUGAAGGGGAAGCUCUGGGUUGGUUUUGAUGACGAGCGUGCCAUCCGGAACAAGAUGAACUGGCUCAAGAAGGGAGGGUUCGGAGGUGCCAUGGUCUGGACAGUGGACAUGGAUGACUUUACUGGUGAAGUCUGUGGUGGUGGUGUCAAGUACCCGCUCAUUGGCAUCAUGACAGAGGAGCUGCUGGGAAGACCACGAGGAGGCAAGGACGUGGACUGGGCAUCAGUGACCAAGACUUCUGUAGCUAGACCCACCACCAUGCCAUCCCCCAUAUCAGUGGACCCCAUGGAGGUAAUCCGGGAGUACCAGGCCACCCUCAGGCAACAGCAGCAGAUCAGCUCACGGAUUGAUAUCAUUGACAUCAUUCCUGAACUGCCAAAGGACGCCCCUAAGGUAAUGUGCUACUUCACCUCCUGGGCUGUCAAGAGGCCUGGCGCUGGAAGGUUUGAGGUCGAGAGUAUUGAUCCCUUCCUCUGCACCCACGUCAUCUAUGCCUUUGGUGGGAUGGAGAACUACCGCCUGGCUCCCGGUCAUCCUUCUGAUGUGGGUGAUGGAUUCAAGGAUGGAAUGUACACUCGCCUCAUGAAACUCAAGGAGAAGAACCCCAAUAUCAAGAUUAUGUUGGCCCUCGGUGGUUGGUCAUUCGGAUCCAAGCCAUUCCAGGACCUCGUUUCCAGCCAGUACAGAAUGAAUGGCUUUGUUUACGACUCCCUGGAAUUCCUUCGCACACACGAGUUUGAUGGACUGGACAUUGAUUGGGAGUACCCAAGAGGACCAGACGACAAGGCAAACUAUGUGAAUCUCCUCAAGGAGCUUCGUAUUGCCUUUGAGGGAGAGGCAUCAUCCACUGGCCACUCUCGCCUUCUCCUCUCUGCCGCUGUGCCUGCCUCCUUCGAAGCUCUGGCCUCUGGCUAUGACGUGCCAGAGAUCAGUAAGUACCUGGACUACAUCAACAUCAUGUCCUAUGAUUUCCAUGGCAUGUGGGACAACGUGGUGGGGCACAACUCUCCCCUGCUGCCUCUUGAGACGGCCUCCAGCUACCAGAAGAAGCUGACCAUGGACUACAGCAUCAAGGAGUGGAUGAAGCAGGGGGCGCCGGCACAGAAGAUCAUGGUUGGGAUGCCAAUGUAUGGCCGCUCCUUCACCCUCAAGAACAUGACUCAGUUUGACAUCGGCGCUGAAGUGAUGGGAGGUGGACACGCUGGCCGGUACACGCAGGAGGAGGGAUUCAUGGCUUACUAUGAGGUGUGUGACUUCCUGUAUGAGGACAACACCACACUGGUGUGGGACAACGAGCAGCAGGUUCCCUUCGCCUACAACGGGGACCAGUGGGUCGGCUUUGAUGAUGAGCGCUCCCUGGGCGUCAAGGGCGACUGGCUCAAGACGAAGGGCUUGGGCGGAGUGAUGAUCUGGAGUGUGGACAUGGACGACUUCCGAGGCAACUGUGGCACCGGCAAGUACCCGCUGCUGUCCUCCCUCAACGAGAUGAUGUCCAACUACUCUGUGGCACUCACCUAUGAGGGCCCCUAUGAGAACACUGGCACCCUGCAUGGAUCCAGUGCCAAGAAGGACCCCAACGUGAUUUCCUGUGAUGAGGCAGACGGACACAUCAGCUACUAUGAGGACAAGCAGGACUGCACACGCUACUUCAUGUGUGAGGGGGAGAGGAAGCACCACAUGCCUUGCCCUGUCAACCUGGUAUUCAAUGCAGCCCAGAGCGUGUGUGACUGGCCCGAGAAUGUUCCUGGGUGCGAGACAGCCAUUUCCAACCCUGCAGCGCGGUGAACAGACUCAAUUGCUGAUCCUUUUUAGCUUAUAAUGCAAAUUUUCUAUAUUGGAAGUUUUAUUUUCUUUGAUUGUUUUGAUUUUGAUGUGAACUGCAAACUUUUUAGGUCCUCUAUAUAUCUGAACUUUUUAUUUGUGUUUUUGUUUCCUUAUUUUGGUUCUUUUUUGUGUGUAUAUUUUUUUUUUAUUAGAUCUAUUCUUGUUUUGAAUUGAUAAUGUUGGGUUUUAUUGUUAUUAUUGUUAUACAUAUAGUUUUUUUUUAUUAUUAUAAAAUGGUAAAGCACUGAAGAAUAGAAAAUUUGUACAUAACUUUUUAUUUUUAUUUACAAUUGAGGAAAGAAUCUGAUCAAGAGAAGAAAAAAGAAAAGAAAAUCUUUGCUUACUUCACAAGAAAGAAAAAAGAUAGAUCAGAUAAGGCAUUGAAAUAUUGUCUUUUAUUUAUUUAUAUUUUAUUUAUCAUAACUUUUUUUAUUAUAUGUAACUAACAUAUAGCAGAUGCAUGACUUCUAUUACGUAUGAAUGUGUAUGAAUUUUUUGUGAUAAUCUUCCAUUACCUAAUUAUUUUUUUGUUACAGCCAGUCUUCACAUACAAUAGAUUUUUUUGGUCACGCGCAAGCUUCAGUUCUGUCUGUCACCCACACGCCCUAUAUUUAUUCUGUUCUGCAAAGCGUUCUUCUUGUAAUUUCUUGGACGCUGUGUUGUCUUGUUCUGUACUGUCAUUGGGGAAUAGAUAGAUAUAUAAAAACAAAUGCAUCCACUUUCACCUUCGUCACUUUAACUCGACAGUGACGAUGGUGAUACAACUUGACAAUGGGAAAAAUAGGGAAAAAAACACACAUACAACUUUGUCUUUCUUUCUUAAUUUUUUUGUGUAUAAUAGUUUUUUUAAGUGUUAUAAUGAUCCAGUUUUUCUUCCUUUAAUUUUUUUUUUCAAGUCUUUCCAAAUGUGCAUUUUUUUAUUACUCAUUUCACUUUGCAAUGGAUAAACACACACACACACACACACACAUACAUAAAUACAACUGAAAAAAAAUUAUAAUACAUAUGCUGUAUUAUAUACAUAUAGCAGCAAGACAGUACUAGAAAAAUACUACAUAAUUUAGCCAUAGUGGAAAAAAUAAAUAAAUAUAUAUAUAGUAUACUUAAUAUGCAUACACAAAAAAAGGAAAAUUUUCAAAGGUAUACAUUCUGAUUGCUGGAUUUGAAAGAUGUAUUGCCUGAAGUUACCCCCUACCCCCCCUUAUCUGUACCCCCUUCCCUCCACCCCAUAGAGCAUCCAGCAGUGUUUACUAAGACUGUGAAAUAAAUGUAAAUAUGGUUUUUAA